AUGGUACGCAUAGAGUUUCAAAUGGAGAGACUGAAAUUUGAGGUAGAGCAAUGUGUUAACAGAGUUGAAAAUAUCAAGACGGAAGUUAGUGAUCAGAUGAAAGCAAAUCAACAAGAACUUGAAAAUGGCUUCGAGACCAGUAUGAAAGAAGUCGUCAGUAAUGUCACAUCGGCAGUUAAGGCAAAGCUUCUUGAACUUCAAGAUACUGUAACACCAACUGUUGCAUUUAAGGCAAGAUUAAAGUCCAGGACUGCAGUGGUCGGAGGUCAGACCAUAGUGUUUCCAGUAUUAAUCUUCAAGGAAGGAGAUGCGUAUAACUCAGGUACCGGAAAAUUUACAGCACCCAUCAGUGGGGUGUACAUGUUCAGUUUAGCUUUCUGUGUCUAUUCAAAGAAGUCAUUGACUGUUAGUAUAAUGGUUGAAGGAACAAGAUAUUCAACGUCAUUGUUCGAUGGUGAUGAUGGCCAUGGAUGUUCAUCUGCUGAUACAGUUGCCAUAGUGACCGCCGGACAGGAGGUAUGGGUCGAGGUUAUAUCAGGCGGUACUAGUACUGGUACCAUUACAGACCAUAGUGAUUCAUACCGUUGGAAUACAUUCUCCGGGGCAUUAAUAAAUAGGAGGAUUUAA